CGAUCAUCAGUGACUUGAUCGUAUCUUGCGCAAUGCAAGGCCUGAAGGAAGCCACGAACGCGAGGUUCGUCGUCCGCAAACAUGUCCAAACAAGAACGCCGUCAAGCUUGCGUGCAAGCGGGACCUAUAAAUACUUAUUUGAAAAAUUAGUUUCUCAUUCCGCGAAGACUUGCACACCAAUACACUCAGAGACCGAUUUCCACAAAGUGAAAUUAAAAGUAAGUAAAAAUCGAAGCCAUGGCUUCUGCAGCAGCAACAGCAAAUUCGAAAGGCAAGUGCAAGUACGGAAACAAGUGUUACAGGAAAAAUAAAGAUCAUCUGGACCAAUAUUCUCAUCCUGGAGAUGAUGAAACUGGUGAUACUAAAGAUAUCAAAGAAGAAAAAAAUGCCAAGACAGGAAAGGAGGUUGCACAGAAAGCACGGCUGACACAUGAAAUCAGUGCUGCGGAUGAACCUGAAGGAGAACCUUGGAAAACCCGUUUGCAGAAAAGAAAAUCAGAAGAAGAGUCUGCUGCUCUUGCUGAGGUUCUUUGCCUGAAGAAACAAAAGACAGAAGAUGGGGCAGUGCCAGGUCCUUCAAAGACAUCAGGCAGCAAACAGGCGAGGAAGACUGUGAAACACUAUAAAGCCAGGAAAGAGAAGUGCAAAUAUUGGAGCAAGUGCUAUCGAAAAGAGAAGGUGCACCGGCUGGAGUUUUUGCAUCCAGGUGACUCAGAGGAGGAAGACAGUGAGAAAGAUCUUAAUGAGGAGACGAAGGCAAAGAGAGGAGACAAUAAACCACUGCAUGAGCUUAAUGAAGAUGAAUGUGUCAAGUUUAAUACUGGCUAUAAACUUGAAAGAAGCGGAGAUGUCUAUUUGUGCUCAUGUGCUGGCUGGAAGGCACAGAGUGUUAGGGAAGAGGAGAGGUCAUGUAAACAUUUGAAAGAGUAUUUGGGAGAUGACUUUGAGAAGGGGCGGCUGCAAAACAUAAAGAAGAAAACAUACAUUGCCCCUCAUAUCAGUGUCAGCGUUCUCCUUGCACACAAGUAUGAUGAGAAUGUACACGAUCCAGUUGGAUGGUGGAUAAGUGAAAAAUUAGAUGGUGUACGUGCAUUCUGGAAUGGAAGGUGUUUCUAUUCCAGACUGGGAAAUGCCUUUUAUGCUCCUUCAUGGUUCACAGCAGACCUGCCAAAAGAAAUGCAUUUGGAUGGAGAACUGUUUGGAGGCCGAGGACAGUUUCAGUCUACAGUUAGCAUUGUGAAGAAUGCAGAAUGUGAUGAUUACAAAAAAAUAAAAUAUCACGUAUUUGACUCACCAAGUCUUGAAAAGAAACCUUUUGAAGAACGAAUCACUGCCAUCAAAGACUACUUUGAAGAAAAGAAGCCCAAGUUUGCAGUGUUUGUAGAACACACUAAGUGUACAAAUAAGAAGCAGCUGGAUGACAUGCUGAAGAAAGUUCUAGACCGUGGUGGUGAGGGGCUUAUGAUCAGGAAGCCCAAGUCACAAUAUGAAAGAAAUCGGUCAACCACACUGCUAAAGAUCAAGAAGUUCUAUGAUGCUGAGGCCAUUGUGAUUGGUCAUGAAAAAGGCAAGGGAAGAAACCUGUUUGUAUGUGGAGCACUGCGUUGUCGAAUGGCAUGUGGAACAGAAUUUUCAGUGGGUUCAGGACUGAGUGACAAAGAUAGAAAGCAUCCACCCAAAAUUGGUUCAAUAAUUACAUACAAAUUUCAAGAACUAACAAAGGGUGGGCACCCAAGAUUUCCCACUUUUUUGGGUAUUCGUAUUGACAUGACUGAACCAAAAGAUGCUGAUAUCAGGCCAGUCACUUCUGAUGACUAAGACUGAUUAUGCUGUUCAAAAUCAGAGUACCAUUUGUUAAAUGCAUAAUAUAUAUAUAGACAUUUUAAGCUUUGAAGAUGUGUAGGAAUGAAAAUUCCUUCAUUAUUUUUGUGUGAAGAAUAAUAACUUAUUGUGUAGAUUUUGAAAUGCCAGAAAGAUAUUUAGAAUUUAGUUCACUGUCUUAUUUUAGGUCAAGAAGCUCAUUUUUGUGAUAGCAUCAUGGGUUGUUUUUGUUAAGGCAGCACCCUGUAGACCAUACAGAGAACCCAGUUUUACCUCACUGGCCUUAUGAAUAUUCAGUCAAUAUUUCACUGAGUCGAUUUAUGUGGUCAAGACUUUGAUCUCUUUGUCACAUUCCAUGUUUUAAUUUUAAAAUAACUGUUUUGAAGGAUUUUUUUAAUGUUCUUUUGUGCAAUAACUAUAAGAUGGUAUAGAUUUCAUGAAACAUUUUGUGUGCCUUAGGAUUUUUAUGUAUUUUUUAAUGUUAUUGAUUUAAUGGUGGCUAAAUGACCUUGUAAAGGCUGGGUACACAAUUUUUAUUCUGGCCUGUUGCAUAUCAUGCACAGCAUGUUUUUGGCUUUAUGGAACUGUGAUGACAUCUAAUGUUUUUUGGGUUAGUUUAAUACUUAACUACAUAUAAUAAUUAUGACCUUACAGAAUUUUGCACAUUUUUGAAGCUGUGAUAUACAGAUUUGUGAUACAAAUGAGAUCUUACUUUUACACAUUUUUUCUGGCUUGACAAUAAACCAUUUUUUAUAUGCUAGCUUAUGUGAGAACCAUAGGCACAGUAUAUUAUAGUAUGUUAGUGUAGUAUGAAAUUUUACAUGACUAAUAUAGUUUACCACAGAAAGUGCAUAGACAUAUUUAUGAAAUAACAGUAAGAACUUCAUUUGAAUUUUAAAUUGUUUCACAACUUGUUUUCUACGCUUCUUGAAACAUUUGAGUUGCAGGGGUACACAGUGGCUCAAAAUGGUUUUAGACUGUUGACAGCAAGUUAUAAGAGAUAAAGCAUCACCUUUGAAAAUGCUGCUUGCAUUAUCAUUUAUUUUUUUGUUUGUGAAAUAUGCUUUCUCAUUCACAUUAAAAUAUUGAACAUUCACGCUUCACGCAAAUCAUUCUAUUCUUCUUCCUUUACGUCAGCAGAAAAAAGAUUAGUUUUGUUUUGUUGCUGAUUGAAUAUUUAUAUUGUGUGAAGGUAAAACAAUUGUUACUUGAGAAAAGAAACUACUUUUCUUAUCCUAACUGGCAGCUUUUGAAUGCAUUAUUGGACACCUUGCAAAAAAAAAAAAAAA